AUGGCCAUCAUCAAUGAGUUCCCCGGCGUCAAGAUCACUGUUCAAGUCGACGGCCAGGACGCCGUCGAGUAUGAAGACCCGGAUGGCUUCGAAACCGACAUCAACCGGAAAAACGUCCGCUGGCGCACCUUUAAUUACGUUGAAUCCAAGGACGACGCUUUCUUCUCCGUCCGCUAUCAGGUCGACAACAGCCACCGCUGGGAGAGUCCCAACCACGCAUUAGCUCUGGUCUUGUACAUCGACGGCAAGCGUACCGACGGCCUCGUAUGCGAGGCUCGGCACUUUCUCAACCUCGACCCAUUCUAUGUUUGGAACGCCACUGUCGAAGGUUCUCGGGAGAGGUCUACUGCCUCGGGUUACGAGCGCCUGAACAAAUUCAAGUUCUCCAAGGUCACCACGAUCGACGAUGCCGAGAACGAACGUGUUGAAGUGGACACCAAAAAGGCAAAGUCACUGGGUGUCAUUGAGGUGUUCAUCUAUCCCAUGGUCAUUACCGGGCCGAUGACUUACAACACUCCUGGGAACCAUUACGGAGCGCAGAAUGAUGGCUUCGAGAUUGCCGAGAAGGCGCUAAAGGGCCGCGCAGUCUCUCACGGCACCUCGUGA